AGGCAACACAAAACGUCAAAAAAAAAAAGAAAAAUUAAUUGCUCAACAUAAUUAAUCUACGCCACAGUAGUGUAGUCUCAGUCACUCCACUCUGGACCACCUAAUCACCUGAGCGCACAGCUUACGUGCAGCCAUGCGCACCAAGCCAGCAGCUACCCGACAAUAAGUCACUCGGUCACUUGGAUCAAUAGAAAAACCGAAAAAUAUUAGAGAGCGAGAAAAAAAGAGCUGUGAUGCCAAAUUGUAUGAAAAAGUGAAAAGAAACGACUAACAAAAAUCGCUAUUCAUCAUUUGAGCAAUCAAUCAAUUUGAGCAUAUAUUAUCCGUAAGAAUCGUGUUGCACGCGGCGCAGCAGAGUAACCAAAAACCAGAGACGAAACGAAACGAAACGAAACAAACAAGCUAAAACUGAAGCAAAAACCAAAACAGCGGAGCAAAAACGAAAAGUUCCAAAAUAAUCAAGUGCCGACUACACCAUAUAAUCCUCAUUAUUAAUCAGUCUAUUAGACACAAUUUGUUCCAGUCGGCAAGUCGCUUGCCAUUCAGCAGCAGUAAAAUUUCUGACAACAGACGCCAAAGGCCAAGUGAGUGGACAAGAAUCGAUGGACGCUUUAGCAGUUUAGAUUUGAGUUUAAUGGUAUUGUACGCUCUCAGUAUAGUCUACAACCCCUUACGUAACUAAGUAUAAAUGCAAUGACUUUCGCGAGAGGCUUCCAAAUUGUUGAAGAAAGUAUAGACAAGUAACAGUCAUGACUUAAACGUAAGAAUCAUUUCUGUUAAAAUGAGCAUAGAUUAUAUUAGGAGGUACUCCAAUAUUUUGGGACCAUAACAAAGAUGACAUUUUAAAUAUGUGAAAUUAGUUUGCGGACAUUUAAAAAAUAUAAUACAGUUACACCAACGCUUCUUUCAAGUUUCAUAGCUCUGCUGAUGAGAACUAUGGUAUUUCAUAGAAGAGACAUACUGAAAAAUUCCCACAUUCCAACAUAAGGUAUAACAUCUUGAGUGACGCAAGUUUUGGUAUUUGAAAAAGAUGGAUAAAAAGCCUAUGAAGCUAAAAACAUAAAAAAAAAAACGGAACGAUUUUGGAAUAUUGGUUCGAAAUGCAGUGACUGGGUUAGCUAAGAUAUCACUAUAGUGUUUGUCUCCCUAAAAUCCCCCUUUCAACCAACCAACCAACCUACACACGUGGGCUGCUUUUUUCAAUCGUGACUCUUCUGAAAUUGAGAUUUAGUUUCGAAAUUGAUAAAAAAUCAUGGUUAUUUUUUUUUAGAGAAUUGUUGCCGAAUUGACAAUGUUUACGUAGCCCUAAUUUCAGUGGGAACAGUCUAAAUGGCGUCUGAUUCGCCGCCAUAUGUGAUCAACUCAGGAUCAUCACUAAGGCUCAUGACCGUCACUCAGCGACUAUUAUUUUUUUCGAAACUAGGGACUUUUUAAUACGACUAUCAGACGCCUAGUGACCCAGAUGUGAGUUGUGGGUCAUCUUCCUUUCUUUCUUAUAUUUUCAUUUGCAUAGGUCUGCAGACAACAACUUAGUCACGUUAAGUUUUUCAUUCUAAUCGCUUAAGCCCUUUUAUUAUAUUCUUGACAUAGUUAUGAAUGACGGAAUUUGGAUAAAACACUCGGGAAAUUUCGAGCCAAUAUUUCGGACAAGCAUUAUUUGCCAGUUUGUCAUAGGAAAAUCAUUUUAAAAUUAAAAAAGAAAUUUUAAAACAAAUAAAAGUUUAGUAAAUCACAAAAACAGCUGGUAAACUGCAUAAAUAUUACAAGUAAUUUAAUGGGUAAACGGAGGAUAUCAACAACUGAAGUCGACACUCACACAAAGUUCCUUUAGCGAAAAAUUGGCAUGUUUAUUGAGACAGCUUUGCUAACGGUGAUUCCAACUUAAACUGCUCCAAACAAAUGCCAAACCACCAACGGAACACACAUAAACACAUACACACACACACACUAGCAAACAUGCACAUCAACUCACACCGAAGCGCAAGGCAAAGAAAUCUUCAGAAGUUGGAGCAGCAACAGAAGCAGGAAAGAUGAUGGCAACUUUAAUCGAUUAAAACAAAUUUCCACGCCAUUGUGGCGCCACGAAAACUAGGAAAAAUCAAGAGGCAAGAAUAUUACAAGAAACGCCAGCGAACACACACACGCUGACGAGCUGUGGGAAAAACGGAAAAGAUGUCGACAGGAAGGCCCAUUAAAUGUGUCGUCGUUGGCGAUGGCACCGUUGGCAAAACAUGCAUGUUAAUUUCAUACACCACAGACAGUUUUCCCGGCGAAUAUGUGCCUACAGUCUUUGAUAACUACUCUGCGCCCAUGACUGUAGAUACAAUACAAGUGUCGCUGGGAUUAUGGGAUACAGCGGGUCAAGAGGACUACGAUCGUCUGCGCCCGCUUUCAUAUCCACAAACGGAUGUAUUUCUCAUAUGCUUCAGCGUGGCCAGUCCAUCCUCAUUCGAAAAUGUCACAUCGAAAUGGUAUCCUGAAAUAAAGCAUCACUGCCCGGAUGCACCGAUAAUAUUAGUCGGUACCAAAAUUGAUUUGCGUGAUGAUCGCGAAACGCUCAGCACACUAGCCGAACAGGGUUUGGCACCGUUAAAACGUGAGCAGGGUCAAAAGUUGGCGAAUAAAAUACGCGCCGUCAAAUACAUGGAGUGCUCGGCACUUACGCAAAGAGGAUUGAAGCAGGUCUUCGAAGAAGCUGUGAGAGCUGUGCUCAGGCCAGAACCACAAAAGCGUCGUCAACGAAAGUGUAUAGUUAUGUAAGAUAUGCACCUUUUUUCUAUAGGGAAACGAAACAUCAAAUAUUUAACAAAAGCAAACCACUCAUUUACCUUAAACGGCAACAAACACACAAACACAAUCAAGGAGUCAACUCGUGUCUAAGAGAUCCAACUCGAAUAUUUAUUAACUAACUGAUAUAAGUUUAAAGUCCGCGAUUAUCAAAUGUGUAGGCAGCGGACAACUUGAGAAAUGUGUUGUGUAUAUAUAUUUUUUUUUUGUAUUAAUAUUUUUUUACGUUAUUUUUCCUUGUUUAAAAAGUUUUAAUUUUUUUAAUAGCUGCGAAAUAAUGAUUAUUUUCGCUCUCCAUCAUUCUGCAUUUUAUGUUUGCAGCUUUUGCUAUGGGCAAUAGCUGUUCCAGCGCAGAUUUUCCGAAUUAAAAACUGUCUUAGAAUAAGGUUAUUUACACACACAUAUGUAUGUAAACCAAGAAGCAGCUUAUUACCGUUGUGCAGCUAGUAAAACAAAUUUUAUUUUAACUCUCAAAUUUAUUCAGCUGAUUACUCUUUGUUACGAACUGCAACUGGACAAAAGAAAAUAGCUUAUCUAGUCAAUUGAGUAAUGAAAAAAGCAAAAAAUAUAAAAAUAAAAAUUAAGUGAAAAGUUGAAGCUAAAUAACAGCUAAGUAUAUAAAGUUGUUGUAUAAAAAAUAUUGAACGGAUAGAAAGUUGAUUGAGCGCAUUGUGGCGCAUACCGAAUUGAGCUUAGACAAAAGAAACAAAAACAAAUUGUCACUAUGUGUUGUGACAAAGCAAAUUAUAGCACCCACUUUAGUUAAUAUCCUAACAUUUAUUUUAAUGACUUAUUUUUGUUGUAGACACCUACAUAUUUACAUUUGUAGAACGAUGCACAAAUGUACACUCUAUUAGUAAACUAUUGAAAAGAAUUAGUUUCGUUAAGGAUUAAAAAAAAAAAUUAUGUCUUUCAAACGCCGCUGCACACAUCGUCCCCCAGCGCAUGCGCUCACACAGCUGCAGCGGUAUUUUUUUUUUUUUUUUUAAUAAGCUACACUAUUCACACUUGCAUUUUAUAUUAAUGAUAUCAAUUUUUUUUUACGGUUUUAGUAUGUUAACGUACAUAUCCAUAUGUAUGUAUUUAUAAACUAAAAUGCACGUUACAAUUAAACAUUAACGACUGUUUAUUAUAAUAUUUUUUAUUUUUAUAACAAAUAUAUUUUCAUUUGCCAUUUUAACUAUUUAUUAUGUAUGCAUAAACAUUAUGAUUUAAUUAUUGCUUAUUGCAAAACAGUUACUAUGUAGAAUGUGAAGAUAUAAUGUAAAAAUAUAUUAAAAAAAAAGUUCUACACGAAUUUUAUAUAACUGAACAAAAAUAAAUAAACGCAAAUAAAAAAUUCAAUAUAUAAUCUCUCCUUUAUCUUAUACAUUCAACAACACACACUCAUGCAUUACUCCGAUUUUAUAAUAUUUUACAUCUUGUAAACAAAUUUUUGAAAUUAUAACCUCAAAAAAUUUUGAAAAAUGUAUUUAAAUGUUAUUUGUAAUUUUGUAUGAGUAAACAAAGAUAAAGAGAAAAACAAAUGAAUACAUAUUUACUUUAUAUAUUAUUGUAAUAAUAGUAAAAAAAUCAAAAAUAAGAAAAGUAACGGCAGUGAAGUAGAUUUAAUAAUGUACGUAUAAACAAAAUGGAGGAGAAGAGCUACUGUGAAACGAAGCGAAUAUAUAUGUAUACUAUAUACAUAUAUGUAUAUGUAAGUGAAUAAAGUAAAAUGAACAAAA